AUGGCUACACAGAAUUUUGAACCGAUACAUUUCACAUACGUCAAGGACAAGAUUGAUGGCAAAAGCCCACUUCUUGGUGCCUUGUUCUUGUUCUGUAUAUUUUUAAUCACUUUUUUGUUUGUAUACUUUCUCUACGUGUGCACCCAUCGCCGCCGUGGCAGCACCGCCACCCACCCUGAUGGAUCACUGGCUCGAUCUAGGUCUCCGGCAGGGCUCGAUGCAGCUACCAUAAGCAGCCUCCCAAUAUUUUCAUAUGGAUCAAGUGCCAAUGGCAAGAAUUCAAACCCAGAUUCGGAGUGUGCAAUUUGUUUAAGUAUAUUUCAAGAAGGAGAAAAGGUGAGGGUUUUGCCUAUAUGCCACCAUGGUUUUCACUUGGAGUGUGUGGACAAGUGGCUAGGAACUCGUUCUAAUUGUCCUCUGUGCAGAGCCUCAAUCCGCCAUAGCCAUGGUGAUUUGGAGAUUCCAUGA